AUGACAACUGGACAAACCCCAUCUGCUGAUGACACUCCAGAACAGCGACUAAAUGGACUUUUAGGUGCCUCUGCUACUUCAUUAGAUCUCAGUGAGCCGCUUUGUGUCCUGGAUGACCAUGCACUCCCACUCUUCUGCUGUGCCUGGCGUGAGCAGCUGUAUAAAAUGCUGGUGAAGCAGAGAUGUUUGGUUGAGGGGAGAAGUGACCUGGGGACUAGCAGUAGGAGAACAGGGGAAGAAAAGUCAAACACAGAGUUAGAGGAGCUGCAAGGCAGGGAGAUGGAGGAUCACAACACAUUUAUUGUGGACUUACCAAGUGGACUUGGUUGCCCUGACGUCAAAGGUCCUCAGCUUUCGGCUCUCUUGUGCUACAGGAGACAGAUGCUUGACAGUGAUGAUGGAGGAUUCCUACAGAAGUAUUAUUCCAAUGGCAUGAAAUUUCUCACCCUGUUCCCUGACAGUUCUGCUCAGGUCUUUUAUCCCUCAGGCCUCUUGGCUCUUGUUAUCGUGGUCACCAAAGAGAGUGGAAAGGUCUGCAUCGUGUAUGACUGCCAUGCCCCCAACCAACCAAUCAGAGCCGUGUUCCAGUCUGAUGGCAGGGCGACAUGUUACUACAGCAAUGGAAACAUAUGGCUGACCUUAGACAGAUCAGGCGGUCAGUGUUUGGAUGAGACAGGUGGAAGAGUACGUCGGUGGAGCUGGAGCAAUCUGAACCUUUCUCCCACUCCUCUGCUUCCUGUCUUCCUGUCCCUCAAUAAAACUGUUGGGGUCCGAGUCCUGGGCAAGGAACAAGUAUUUGUCUCGUUCCUGGCUGGAGGUCAGCAGGCAAGAUUCAGUGUGGGCGCCUGCUGUUCUCAGUGUAAAUGUACAAGUGAAAGGCCUACUGCGGGAAAAUCAAUAUUGAAAGAGGAGGUCUUAGUACUGGCAGCCAGGAUUAAAAUCCACAUGGUCAUUCAGCAUCUUCACCAGAGCCUGACAGGACACUCCCAUUCCCAGCUGCUGAAGACCACACUGGCCCCCAGCCUCCAGGUUUUUGCCCGAAAACUUCUGAAAAUCAGUGCUAAUGUGAUGAUGAGUGAGAGUGACAAGGCUUUUAUCCAUAAAUGCCUUCAGGAUUAUGUCUGA